GCCAAGGCCUCCGAUUUCGCUAAUGCGACGGUGAAAUCCCGCACCUACCUCCUUCCUCUCUCUCCGAGGACCCUCGCACCAAGAACUGAGCGGGAAGAGAGGUAGAGAGGCAAGCGCACGAGAGUUUCUGCUCCUCUCUCGCCUCGCCUCCGUCUCCUUUCCUCUCUGGUUCUCUCUCUGCGAUUCUCGUCGCAUUGGUUCCGUUCCCUCACGAAAGGCGGUAGCUUUCUGUCUUCCCUGAUCUAUCUAGAUAAUGGCGACCACGACGUCAGCGACCACCGCCGCCGCAGCAGCCGCCACCACCGCCAAGCCGCGGGGGUCGUCGUCGGCCCUCUGCCAGAGGGUGGCCGGCGGCGGCAGGCGGCGCUCCGGGGUGGUGCGGUGCGACGCCGCCGGCGUGGAGGCCCAGGCGCAGGCCGUGGCAAAGGCUGCCAGCGUCGCCGCCCUCGAGCAGUUCAAGAUAUCCGCCGACCGGUACAUGAAGGAAAGGAGUACCAUAGCUGUGAUAGGCCUCAGUGUACACACAGCACCAGUGGAGAUGCGUGAAAAACUUGCUGUUGCAGAGGAACUGUGGCCCCGUGCUAUUCAAGAACUCACUAGCCUGAACCAUAUUGAAGAGGCUGCUGUUCUUAGUACCUGUAAUAGAAUGGAAAUUUAUGUGGUGGCGCUAUCAUGGAACCGUGGUAUCAGAGAAGUAGUGGACUGGAUGUCGAAGAAAAGUGGUAUUCCCGCUUCCGAGCUUAGGGAGCACCUGUUCAUCUUGCGAAGCAGUGAUGCCACACGCCAUCUGUUUGAGGUGUCAGCUGGCCUUGACUCUUUGGUUCUCGGUGAAGGACAAAUCCUUGCUCAGGUUAAACAAGUUGUGAGGAGUGGACAGAACAGUGGAGGCUUGGGAAAGAACAUCGAUAGGAUGUUCAAGGAUGCAAUCACUGCUGGAAAGCGUGUCCGCAGCGAGACCAACAUAUCAUCUGGUGCUGUUUCUGUCAGUUCAGCGGCGGUUGAACUGGCCCUGAUGAAGCUUCCGAAGUCUGAAGCACUGUCAGCUAGGAUGCUUCUGAUUGGUGCUGGUAAAAUGGGAAAGCUAGUGAUCAAACAUCUGGUUGCCAAAGGAUGCAAGAAGGUUGUUGUGGUGAACCGCUCCGUGGAAAGGGUGGAUGCUAUUCGUGAGGAGAUGAAAGAUAUAGAGAUCGUGUACAGGCCUCUCUCAGACAUGUAUCAAGCUGCUGCUGAAGCUGAUGUCGUGUUCACCAGCACCGCAUCUGAAACUUCAUUGUUCGCAAAAGAACACGCAGAGGCACUCCCCCCUGUCUCUGAUACUAUGGGAGGUGUUCGCCUGUUUGUCGACAUAUCUGUCCCCAGGAAUGUCAGCGCAUGUGUGUCUGAAGUUGGCGCUGCACGAGUGUACAAUGUCGACGACUUGAAAGAGGUGGUGGAAGCCAACAAGGAGGACCGGCUCAGGAAAGCAAUGGAGGCGCAGACAAUCAUCACCGAAGAACUGAGACGGUUCGAGGCAUGGAGGGACUCGCUGGAGACCGUUCCGACCAUCAAGAAGCUGAGGUCGUACGCGGACAGGAUCAGGGCCUCGGAGCUCGAGAAGUGCCUGCAGAAAGUAGGUGAGGACGCCCUCACCAAGAAGAUGAGGAGAGCCAUCGAGGAGCUGAGCACCGGCAUCGUUAACAAGCUCCUCCAUGGCCCGCUGCAGCACCUGAGGUGCGACGGCAGCGACAGCCGCACCCUUGACGAGACGCUCGAGAACAUGCACGCCCUCAACCGGAUGUUCAGCCUCGACAUGGAGAAGGCGAUCAUCGAGCAGAAGAUCAAGGCCAAGGUGGAGAAGACACAAAACUGAGGCCAGGAAGCAAUUUUUCUACCACCAUUAUCUAUAUAUAUAGCGUCUCCAAUCUCAUUCCAUUUUUUUAUCCUUUCACUCAGUGAGCCCUUCCCCUGCUCACUGUGAUCGUUAACUGUGUCUGUGAAUUAGAGCCAUGGCAGCGUGUUGUCAAUAACAGCAAUGUGUCCCAAUUCCCCACAGAAGAAAGACUAUAUUUAUAUGC